ACGAGAAAACGCGGGAGAACGUGUGUUUAAUUAAUGCUGACACAUACAGAAUUUACCAGUUGAAUUUAGGAUUAUUUUUGUUAAUUUUUACGCUAGUCACAUUGUAAAAUGUGGACAAAUAACAAUCGAGAAGAGACCAAACUGCAUCUUGCAGAGAUGGAGUCGUACAGUACAGGCAAAAUAACGCCGUUAUUGAAAGAAGAGCUCAAAUAUUACAUACAGACACGGCGUCUGUCUGAAGGAAAGAAUGAAUUAGUUGUCGAGUUUAAUAAGGAAUUCAAAAAAGAUAGGAAAUUGAGACCGGAUGAGGUUGUUAAACUUAAGAGACGACGUGAACAGAAUCGUAAAGCCUCUGAAAAAUUCAGAGUGAAAAAGAAAUCUGAGCUACAAACUCUACAACUAGUAAGUCAUUCAUGAAAUAUUCUGAAUUGCUAGUGUAUUCAUGUUUUUUCUUCAAAUAAUAGAUAAUGGAUAGUCUAUACCAUCAACUGGCAGUCAGACUAGUCUGUCCUUAAUAAUAUUUAUUAUUAUUAUUAUUAUUAUUAUUAUUAUUAUUAUUAUUAUUAUUGAUAAUGAUUAU